AUGAAUCGAAUGCACGAUCGAAUGCGAGUGGUGUUCAUCGUCGUCGCUUCCGGCUUGUUCUUCUCGAUCUUCUACGCCGCCGAGUUGCUUUUGGAUCAGCGGAUUAAGCGAGACCGAAACGCUGGUGUGGUCGUUACGAAGAUUAUUUCAUUGACAAUGGGCAUCUUCAGAAAGGUUUUGAUGAAUGUAUCGGGUGUUCAGGAUCCGCAAGAGGACACCAAAAAGGGUUCGUAUCAAUGGAAAAAAGAGCACUUGUCGGCUGACAAAAUGUCGAGAACCAUGGAUAAUUCAGAGAAAUACAGUGGGGUGCCCGCGAUUCCUGUGGAUAUUGGAUAUCAUGGCGGCAAAGAUGUGACGGGAACGAAAAAAACGGGCGUCGUCAGCAACGCCGCGAGUAAUCCGGGUGUGAUUCUUGGAAUGGGUCUCACAACGGCGGCGCUGUUGGGAAUGUUCAAGUCAUCAUUUCUCGGCGACAAACUCGGAGCCCAGAAAAUGAUGCAGUAUCGUAUCAUGGCGCAGUUCUUCACCGUGACCGCGCUGGUUGCCGGUGUGACCAUUUUCGGAGCCACGUAUGAGGAUGAGGAUGCUAAGAAAUGA